AUGAAAAGUUUAAAUUUCCCUUUGCUUGCUAGAUUUGAUCCUGUCAUGAAGCAGCACAUUGAGCGUGUUGAGAGUGGCCAGUUCAGUCAUUCCAGCUAUCUUGGAAAUGUCAUCCAAAAUAAACUUAUUGCCUCAAUCAGUGGGAAAAUAAUGGACACAGUGGUGACUGAGAUUAAACAGUUCAAAUAUUAUUCAGUCAUUUUGGACUGUACUCCCGAUGUAAGCCACCAAGAACAGAUGUCAGUCACCAUAAGGACUGUUAAAAUGGACAAAGCACCAGAAAUCAAAGAACAUUUUACGGGAUUUCUUAUAGCUUCUGAAACAACAGGUCUUGGUUUGUCACAAUUGAUUUUGAAGACCCUAAUGGAGUUGAAUAUUCCCUUUGAUGAUUGCAAAGGACAAUCAUAUGAUAAUGGUGCCAACACGAAAGGGAGGAACAAAGAAGUUCCAGCCAGACUUCUGGAUAAGAACCCUCGUGCACUGCACUUUAUGUUCCAUGGGGUGUACAUUCCCUAA